CUCCGUGCACUCGGAGCACCUCCCGUGCUUGUGAUGGGGAGAUAUUCCCAAUGAAGGAUGAUGGGAUGGGUGGUUGGGCGUCUGUGGGCAGCCGAUCCCGUCACGUCCGAUUAUCGAAUUGGUCCAAGGGUCGUUUUUGAAGUAGGGUAGCUUAAAACCCUCGGGAGGAACUCUCCUGGACUCUCUGAUGACCUGAUGCCUGAUGGGGAUUACUCUCUAAGGAGUAGCUAAAACCCUCGCACGGUCACCAACCUCUCUGAAAUCUGAGUAUUUUUUCUUUUUGGUAAGAUAAGAAAGUAUUUAUUCAGACCUUUCCAUAAAGACAAUCAGUUUCUCAUCGUGUUUAACAACUAAGAAAAAAAGUAGAACAAUGCUAUUGAUUCGAUGUCUGCGCCCUCGUAUCCAGCCUUUGGCAUCACAUUCUUCGUUUUGUUCGGCGGCAGCUGUUCAAGCAGAGAGAACGAUUCGAGAAGGCCCUAGAAACGACUGGACCAGAGAAGAAAUUAAGUCUGUUUACGAUUCUCCAGUUCUUGAUCUCCUCUUCCAUGGCGCUCAAGUCCAUAGACAUGUUCACAACUUUAGGGAAGUACAGCAGUGUACUCUUCUCUCUAUUAAGACUGGUGGGUGCAGUGAAGAUUGCUCGUAUUGUCCACAAUCUUCCAGGUAUGACACCGGAUUGAAAGCCCAGAAGCUGAUGAACAUGGAUUCUGUUCUACAGGCAGCAAGGAAGGCAAAGGAGGCGGGUAGUACUCGUUUUUGUAUGGGUGCUGCAUGGAGAGAUACUGUGGGCAGAAAAACCAACUUCAACCAAAUACUUGAAUACAUAAAAGAAAUAAGGGAUAUGGGCAUGGAAGUCUGCUGCACAUUGGGCAUGCUAGAAAAGCAGCAAGCAAUGGAACUUAAGAAGGCAGGGCUUACAGCUUACAAUCAUAACCUUGAUACCUCAAGGGAGUAUUACUCUAAAAUCAUAACCACAAGGUCUUACGAUGAACGCCUUAAAACUCUUGAUCAUGUUCGUGAAGCAGGGAUCAGUGUCUGUUCAGGAGGAAUAAUAGGACUUGGAGAAGCGGAGGAGGACCGAGUUGGUUUAUUGCACACAUUAGCAACACUUCCAGCACACCCUGAGAGUGUUCCAAUCAACUCACUGGUUGCAGUCAAAGGGACACCUCUUCAAGACCAAAAGCCAGUUGAGAUAUGGGAGAUGAUUCGGAUGAUUGCUACUGCUCGUAUUGUGAUGCCAAAGGCAAUGGUCAGACUAUCAGCUGGGCGGGUCCGAUUUUCUAUGGCUGAGCAGGCACUUUGCUUCCUUGCUGGAGCCAAUUCAAUCUUUACAGGAGAGAAGUUAUUGACAACGCCAAAUAACGAUUUCGACAAGGACCAGUUAAUGUUCAAGGUGCUUGGACUCAUCCCCAAAGCUCCAAGUUUUUCCGAUGAAGCAGCAGAAACUUUUGAAGCUGAAGCAAUGUCUAAUUCUGGCUGAAAAUAUCAAUCUCAUGGAAUUUUAAUUUAUAGAAGGAUCAAGACCAUGUUACUCUGUUAAAAUGAAAUUCAAUGCAUCUAAUACAAUUUUACGACAUUUUGUAUUUAAAAUGCUACAAAUCUACCUGUUCUUACCUGUUUAACAUGAAGUAUGGAGGGGAUGUUCUUAGCAAAGCAACCUACGAUCUUUCAUUCUUGCGAGGACAGAACUAUGAAAUUCAAGUUUACCAAGAAAAAAAAGCAUUAAAAUGAUUGUUUUUUUACAGAGCUGAA